AUGGGAAACACCUCGCAGCCUGUCCAUCACUGCUGCAUCAGAGAGUCAUCGCCCCCCCUUGUCCUCCUCCUCCUCCUUCUCCUCCUCCCUCCUUCCUUCAUCAUCACAUUUCCCCGGUGCGGCGGUGCCUCCGUGUCCUUCGUGCUGAACGGCUCGGCCAUAGUGGAUGCGAGCACAAUGAACAAGACGCUGACGGUACCGGAGAUUAAACCGCUGGACCAGUACGAUUUCAGCCGAGCCAAGAUCUGUGCCAGCGUCCGGUGGCUCCUUGCAAAAUCCUACGGCUCUGCAGAGAAUGUCCCAGUGGAGCUGCGUGAGCCACUUUACAAGGACCAGUAUGAACAAGAGCACCUCAAGCCGUCUGUAUCCAAGCUGCUUCUCUCCCCGGAGCUCUACUGCCGAGCCCAGGCCCUGCUAGCCCAGGCACACGGGGUCUCCCUGCCAGCAUCGCAGGAGUCCCCCGCCAACAACUCAGCCCUGCUGCAGCUCCUCAUUAAGAAGGGCUUCAGCCCCAAAGACCAGGAUGUCGAUGUCACUGUGGAGGACCUCAGCCACAACCCCAUCAAGACGAAGGCCCACCUAGCCCUGAUUGACGCUCUGAUGUCAAUGGCUGCCAAAGAGACAGCUGGGAGGGUGAAGAUGGCAGUGGAGGCAGAGCAGAUGGGCACCGGCGCUCCGUGGGAGAACACCCUGCUCUUCUGGGUCAACAGGCUGAACCAGAAGCUGAGAGAAAGCACGGAGGAAGAAGAGCCUCCCAAAUCUCAGACAUGCACAGACCUGCAGCCUGCUCAGGAAACGUGUCCCUCCACGCGCUGGUACUGGAAACUAGUCCCAAUCCGCUAUAGGAAGGAUAAGGUGCAGUCUAAGCUGACUCCUACUUUUCCUCUCGUCUCUGGGGUCAAAGAUCUGUCUAAUGGCUGCGCUAUAGCUGCUGUAUUGCACUACUACUGCCCCAGCUUGCUGCCUCUGGAGGAUGUGUGUCUGAAGGACACCAUGUCAGUGUCUGACAGCCUGUACAACCUGCAGCUGAUCAAGGAGUUUUGUGAGAACAGUCUGCAGAGCUGCUGCCCCCUGGCUGUGGAGGACCUGCUCUACGCUCCUCCAGCUCUGCAUGUGAAUAUCAUGUGUUUUAUUGCUGAGCUGCUGGAUUGGUUCGAGGUUCAGAAGCCUGACUUCGUCCAGCCCAUACAACCACUCGACCUCACAGAUGCCUCAGGGUUGUUGGACUGCACGAGUCCUGUCAGUGGAAAUAGCAACAGUGGCUCUCCCUCCUUCAUCUUCAAACAACCCUUUGUGCCCAUCUCCUCCCCGGUGUCACCCGAAAGCAAAACCUGGGCCAAGAAACAAAUCAGUCGUCCUCUGUCAGCAGUGACUUUCAGCAUACCCUUUGGGCUGGACAGUGAUGUUGACAUUGUCAUGGGCAACCCUAUAGAUUCUGUCUUGCGCUCUGUCAGCACUGACAGCCUAGCCACCGGCAUUCCUGCGAUGACAUCACCAAUGACGUCAUCAGGGAUGGUGCGUGUGCCCUACAGCCCCCCGGAAGACCUCAGCCACCUGGUCAGUGCUUCCGCCCCAUCGCAGCGCUCCUCCUGGGGACCUCACACACAUUCCCACACAACUCCGCUGGGUGAGCUGCCGACCAUCGAGGAGGCUCUGCAGGUGGUCCACACUCCGGGAAGCAAAGAUGGAAAGAAAGGAAAGCCAGCCGAGAGAGGCAGGAAAGGAGAGGCAGGAGGACGACCAGAGCCGAGGUUACGGCCAGAGGGAGCGCCCGCUGGCUUCUUCCUGCACUCCCCUGGCGAUGACGCAGACCAGCUCAGCAGCUCUGCUCCCUCCCGCUCCGGGAUCUUCUACCGGCCUGUCGGAGGAGAAGUGGACAAGGCCGAAAGGCAAGGGAGGGGUGAAAGGAGGGAGAGAUCGAGGCGGAGCUCUGAUAUGUCACGGGAUGACGACUCCGUGCUACGCGAUGGCAGCGUUGACUCCUCUGAAGCCUCAGAUGAUAUCUCCAGAAACACGCCUGGUAAUCUUCGACCCGGUAAUCACAGCACCAGUAACAGUCCGCGCAUGACGAGUUUUGCUGAGCGACGAGACAGCAGAAGAAGACAACCUCCUGCUCCAGGGGAGGAGUCAGCCUCUGCCCCGACUCCGACCACGCCAGGAACUCCGCAUACACCCUCCACUCCAGCAGGGGGACCCGGCCGCCAGGACAGCCCAGGUCCUAGAGGCCCUGAGCCGGGCUCAGAGGCCUGGGAGCUGGGGGCCCGUCUGGAGGAAAAACGGAGAAGCAUUGAAGCCCAGAAAAGACGUAUUGAAGCCAUCUUUGCCAAGCACAGACAGAGGCUGGGGAAAACUGCGUUCCUUCAGCUGAAGAGAGAGCAAGGUGAGGGAGGAGGGGAAGGAACAGAGGAGGAUAGUCUCACCUUGGAUGAGCGCCUCACUCGAAUGGAGGAGCAGCUGAAACAGGAGGAGGAGAAGGAGGAGACAGAAAAGAAGGAUAAGGACAGAAAGGGAGAGAAGGAGAAAGAGAAGCCAACUGAGGGAAAUGCCCAGAACCCACCUCGACUGGAGAAGCAGGUCACGUUCUCUGUUGACAGCAAGAAAGGUACAGAGAAAGAGAAAGAGAAAGAGAAAGGAGGAGAGGCUGUCCUCGUGGAAUAUAAUGAGGUGGUGCAGAAACUGAGUGAAGCUUUGCAGUCACUACAGAAGGAUAUGCAGAAGCUGACAGAGCAGCAGCAGCAGCUCAUGGGCAAACAGAGAGCUACACCCAAAAAUACACCCAAAGCCAUGGCAAAACCAACAUUUAAAAGCAACCCCAGAACACCACCCAAAACCCCUCCGCACACCCCCACCAAAACACCACCACGAACACCGACUAAAGCUCCAGCCAGGAGCAGCAGUAAAGCUUGGGUCAUUCCUGCUGGUCCCAGUCCCACCUCUGCUACCUCCCCCUCACGGCGUUCAGUCAUGCACUCCUCCUCCCCUUCCCCCAAAAACGCCAUCUCUUCCUCCUGCCCUGCCCCUCGCACUAAGAUCCACUCCACUUCCACUCCCCGAAGCCCCAAACACCACCCGCGUCCCACUCACCAGCUUCAUCCCAGGCCCUCCGAGCUCAAGUUCCCCCCUCUCACUCGUGUCUUAACACCCCCCCAAAACGUGGACACCCUCCCCCACCUGCGCCGUGUGUCCCCCAGCAAGUGCCAGGUCCAGACCUCGUCUUCCUUCCGCAUCGGAGGGCCCCGAACGCCCCAGGAGUCUCCUCAGCCUGCCCAGCAGCCGCAGCCUGAAGAGAGCGCCUCAGAAACCGGCUCUAGCGAGACACCCACCCAGUUCAGCCUGGAGCUCGAGCAGGAGGAUGGGGAGGCAGCGGGAAGCCUGGCAGCCAUGGGCCAGCUCAGAAGAGACCGUCCCGGGGCUGCUGGUGGCAGCAGCUCAGGUGCUCCUUCAGAGUGCUCCUUUGAGAGCGAGACUCUAUCACUCUCGGCCGCAUACAGUGCAGGAGGUGAAACAGGGAGAGGAGGAGCUGCAGGGAAGCGCUGCAGCCUGAUUGAAGUGUCACUGUCAUCCAUGGGAGGGCCAGAGGGGGGCAGUGAUGAGCCAACAGAUGAGGGGCAGGAGUUUUCCUCAGAUUCCAUGAGUGACCACACAGAAUCUGCCGUGGACCCCGCCAGAGAAGUUGCUGAAGAGCCCGUGGACACCACAGAGCCACUGGACAUGGCAACAGAAGCCAGGGAGUUGUCAGACCAACAAAUAAAACAAACAAGACAGGCAGAGGCGGUGGAGGCAAGUGGGGAGCAGACUGAGCUGGGGCCAAGAGGAGGAAUAGGAUUCUUCUUUAAGGAGGAGGCACAUAGUGAAGAGGAGAUGGCACAGCGUAGAGCAUUCCUGUUGGAGAGACAGCAGAGGAGAACCGAGGAGAUGAGAAGGAGGAAACAGUGGCAUGAGCAAGAACGGGACAACAGACCAGCAGUCUCAGAGGACAGAAGGGCCUCUCCAUCUCAUACACCCCCCGCCGGCACCACCUCCCCCUCCCCUACGCCUCCUGCUACGCCAGCACGCCGCGGAGAUUUCACACGCGGGGAGUAUGAACGCCGGCAGCAGCUCAGGAUUAUGGCCGACCUCGACAAAGUGCUGCGGCAGAAACCGGCCAAUCACAGUCGAGCUUCCGCAAAAAAAACCCGCUCCCGGCCUCGGAGCAUGACCAGGGAGGAGUCAAAGCAGUCUCAGAGCCCAGCCAAGGGAACCACAGGGCCAAAGUUGACAAAAGUUUACUCUCACUCCUCCCUCAACCUGGCAGCCAUGGCUGAUGAGCCAGGAAACAGCACCGGUGGCCCCACCAAGAAGCCCCCCAGCCGCUCUGGUUCCCCUUUACGAUGUAUGUCUCCAAGCAGACUGACGAAUCAGAAUGGAGAUAAAGACUGGGAAACCGGUUCCAAUGGCACUUCGCCUGUCCCAGAAUACACCGGUCCAAAGCUCUUCAAGGAGCCAAGCUUCAAGUCCAACAAAUUCAUCAUUCACAACGCCCUCUCUCGCUGCUGUCUGGCUGGCAAGGUCAACGAGACACAGAAAAAGAAGAUAGUUGAGGAGAUGGAGAAGAGUCCCGCCAACCACUUCCUCAUCCUUUUCCGUGAUGCCAGCUGCCAGUUCCGGGGUGUCUACACCAUGAACCCUGACACCCAGGAGCUCAUACGAUUGGUUGGCGUGGGCCCACGGACAAUAAGCUCAACCCAGGUGGAGUCCAUCUACAAAUACAGUUCAGACAGAAAGCAGUUCAGCGCCAUCCCCUCUAAAACCAUGGGCAUGACUGUGGAUGCCUUCACCAUCCCUAGCAACCUCUGGCAAGGAGGAGGGGGAGGAGGAGGAGGAGGAGGAGGCAGCAGGAGGGCAAGCAUCACUAAAAAGGCUGCAGUGUCCAAGUGAGGAAAACACAGAGUACCAUCACAUGACAUGUCACAGCAAGACGGUGCAAAGACACUAUAAUCACAAAGUAAUUAUAGUGUAAAAUUGAUUCAAACAUGAAAAUUGCGCAGUUAGUCACAUGCACACAGAUGAACAUAUGCAUGUGUGCAUAUGUGUGCACAACUUACCUCCGCUGCCGUUGGUUUUACUAGAAAUACUUAAUAUUCAGAGUUAUUUGUACUCCCCUUUAUGUGCAUGAAAAUGAUCCACCACAACCUUCGCCCACCUCCAAGAAAGAAAAAAAAAAGCCCUGAGACACAUUCACAUCCAGAGGACAUUGUGGAACAUUUUGUAAAAAGGUCAUUUAAUUGCACAAUGAAUGGUUACUCAUACUUGUAAUAAAGUCUCAUUCCUCAUCA